ACAUCUCUCUGAAAGGCACUUCCCUCCCCCAGCCAGCUCUGGAGAGCUGCGUACAGCACAUCACCCACUAUUUCCCAUCCAGGCAUUGCAGGGCUGGCAUUUUUCACAGGCAAGUGGGUGUCCUGCCUGCAGUCUUCCAGCUUUACUUUACCCCAGGAAUUACAAUGAAUUUUGCAGCACAGUUUCUCUACUCCAGGGUGUUAAAAAACAGAAGUCCCAGGGACCGCUCCAGGGAAGAUGAAGACUACGAUCCUUUCUGGCAAAGGGAUGAAAGUAAAAUAAAGAAACAAGAUACCCCAGCACUUUGUGAUCUUCACUGCUGUAAAGAUGGGCUGAUGAGAAAUGGCCUUAUUGGGCAGAAGCAACCCUCUAUCAACCCUGAGAGGCUGAAAGAUUUUGGUGAGGAGGAUUACCUGAAUGGAGAUGUGAAGACCUGGGAAAUGAAGAUAGUGAGCCGUAAUGAGGAGUUACUUAGGGAUGCCCUUUCCCGCAUCCCCCAGUCAAGCAGUAGGACCAGCCUGUCAAGCUGUAACAAGCUGAUUCGCUUUGAAGAUAUUAGUGCAGCAGCUUUCAAAAUCCAGUGUGGUGUUCAGAAAACCCCAUGCAUGUAUUCUAGGCUAUCCAAGCAGUAUGGAAUGGACAUCUACCUAAAGAAAGAGUUCCUCCAGUACACAGGAUCUGUAAAGGAACGAGGGGUACUUUACCUUCUGACAUCACUGCCACAGGAUCAGCAAAGAAAGGGGGUGAUCGUGGCUUCGGACAGUAACUUUUCCAUGGCUGUUGCUUACCAUGCUGCGGAGCUCCGCAUUCCGGUGUUUGUCAUCAUGUCAACCAGCACACCCCCUGCCAGAGUGAAAAUGUGCCGUGAGUAUGGUGCCAUGGUUAUAUCCUAUGGCACCACAGCUAAGGAUUCCCAGACCCAUGCAAGAAGGUUGGCACAGGAGAAUGGUUACCUCUACCUCGAAGAGGAGGACAGUGCUGUGUACCUGUCAGGCCUGGGGACUGUGGGGCUGGAGGUGUACGAACAGGUGCCAAAGCUGGAUGCAGUGAUUUUCCCUGCAGGAGGCCACUGUGGCUUGCUGGCAGGGUCAGCUGCUGUGCUCAAACAUCUCAACCCACAUAUUUCUGUAAUUGGGGUUGAAUCUGAAAGUUUCCCUGUAUUGCAACAGUCCUUAAAGGCUGGCCACCCAACUGAAGACCAGGCUUGCAGCAAUCAUCAUUUUUAUGGAGAUGUGAGUGGGCUUUGCUUUGGCAGCAAUUCUUUGCAGCUGACUGGGAAACUUGUGGAUAAAGUUGUUGCUGUGAGGGAGGAGGACAUCCUCAUUUCAAUACUGAGAUUGCUGGAGUAUGAGCGAGCCACGGUUGAUGCAGAAGGGGCCAUCGGACUUGCAGCGUUGGUUGCAGGGAAGGUGCCUGAGCUGAAGGGUAAAAGAGUGGCAAUUGUUAUAUGCAGUGGAAACUUGGAGUUACAUUUGCUGCAACAGUGCAUAGCUCGUGCCCUGACCCUUGAUAACAGAGUGUGCAGAUUUUCCCUUGUGCUUUCUGACUGCCCAGGAGACAUCUCAAAGCUACUGGAGAUUUUGGCUCGGGAAGAAACGAGAGUUUUGGAUAUCAAACAAGAACGCACGUUUGUGACAUCUGAGCUCUUCACUGUCGAGGUCACCUGCACCGUGGAGACCAGAGACAAGAUCCACACAGCCCAGCUGAGGAAUGCACUUCUGGAACGCUACCCCACAGCCACCUGGAUAGAGCGGUGAUGGGCAGAGCACGAAAAAAAGGGGCCGUGGUCCUCUGACAGAUAUUAUACAGAGCCCUAAUCUUGAAGC